AUGCAGCUCACAGCCGGUCUCAAGCCCGGGGCAAGGAGGGGAGGUGCUAUGAAGAUUGAAAUAUUUGCUGAUGAUGCAAUGGCUAUUGGAAGACAGCCCAAGCAAAUUUAUAAGCCAAUUCUUGAUUUUCUGGUGUCCUCUCUAUGUUACGGGGAUGCUUUGAAUUUGGAACAAGUUCCAUUUGCAAAGGUAAGAGGGGACAGUUCUGUAAGUAAUCUGAGGGGAAAGAUUGUGAUAUGGAGUUGGAAUGAUUUUACUUUUUUACUUGUUUUCUUCAUCCAAAUCAAGUCCUCUUACCUUGCAUUUUUCGAGACUCCUGAGGUGACGUUUGUCCACAAGUAUAGCGAUAUUUUUGCUGGGAAUUGUCGGCAACUUCUACCACCACCACCUCCACCUCCUUGCCUCGUUGAGAGCCAAGAAUGA